AUGACAAAUAUCGCGGAGGAUGCGUCCAUUGACGAUCUCGAGGACGAUCUUCAACUGCAUCAAGUCAUUUUGCAAAGCUUAAACGAGCAAAGGCCAAGUGCUGUCGAAGAAAGACAAGAAAUACUCGACAUUAUCAGAGACUUGGAGACGCGCCUUGCGCGGCUGCGUCGGGGUGGCCAAGCUACUAAAACACGUUCUCCGGUUUCCCGUUCAGGUACGCCUGGGUCGCCAUUGUCUCAGGCACAGCUAGAUGGCGCCGCUCUUCCACGUUCAAACGGUGCUUUGAGUCCUCCUCAGUGGGGGAGCUCUGCUCUGUCUCCUCCGAUACGGCCAUAUCAGCCUGCACUUGACAUAAGCCCAUAUCGACCUGGACUUCCCAUAAGCGUAGGUCGUCCCUCAGGGAGAAUAUCAAGUGCGUCAGCAGAUAAUGCUAACAGUAACAAGAGAUCGAGCUCAUAUGGUUAUGACGAUGAUGACCUAGAUCGGCCACUUCGAGGAGGAUCGACGCACACACGUGUUUCCUCUAGCUCUGCGAUGUCCGCUUCGAGGGAACCUGCAGGUCUUCCUCUGGAAGCUGAAUCCAGUCGGAAGCGUCGGCGUCAGAGUUCUAGCGGAGACCUUAACUUUUUACGGCCACAGAAGCGAGCGACAGACGACAGACGUCCUUCUAACUCUAGCACAGCGUCGUCUCACACUCAUCAGAGCCAAUUGAACGAUGAGUCUGAGGAACUGAAGCGACUUUUGGGCUUAGACAAUGACGAUACUCUGCGCGCACUCCAGGAAGAGCAGAGAAAAGCAGAGCAAUGGCUCGAAGAGCGAAAGGAGCAGGAGCGUCGUGACGAAGAGUAUGCCCGUAUGCUCAUGAACGGGCUGUAUGAACCUCCUCGUCCAGCCUCAGCUCGCAGCACCGCCUCUACGAAUUAUUUACGGUCGUCCAUCCAGUUUCCUUCUGAAGCUCCCCUGGUAUAUCGCGGCGAAGCCGGACCAUCUUCCAUUCCUGAGCAUCGUUCCAUCAAUACGCCACUUGUGGAUCGUCUCGUGGAUCGUUCGCGCUCAUCCUACAGCAUUCCGUCAACGCCUGAAUCGGGACAUUCAGAAGUACAGCAUCUACCACUUAUUACCUUGCGCGAUAGUGAUGACAGCGAUAUAGCAGAGAUCUCACCCCGAGAUUUCCACAGUGGUCAGGCCAGACCCCAAAGCCAUCACAGACUGUAUCCGAGCUACAAUACCCGUCCGGGUCAUUCUUCAAACCGUCGGAGCGUGGCAACCGAGCUGGCAAGAUACGUCCCAGUUACUCAGCCUUCGAUUCCACCGGGAUACAGUGCGCCUCAAGGUUCUGUGUACGGGCCCAAUGUCCUGCAGAAUACUAUGGCAAGGCUUCAAGCAAGCCGGCAGAUGUUACAGCAGGCGGGAAGAUCGGUCUUUGAAGGAUUUUCGUCGUACUUCUCACCCUCAGGCUCUUCCGGCUUGCCCACUGGACUUUCUGCUGAUGAUUACUAUGCUUCGUUGAAGGGUUACAGUGAUUUCUCUGAGCCUGGUGUGGAUCCCAAGCAAGUCCAGGAAGAAAUCAAACAAUUGCUCGAAACGAUCAGACCAGACACCGAAAUUGCCAAGGAAAAGCGGGAAGGCACCCCAGAGGCGCUUAGGUACACUUUGCUGGAGCAUCAGAAACUGGGGCUUACCUGGAUGAAGACCAUGGAAGAGAGCGAAAAGAAAGGUGGUAUCCUGGCUGACGACAUGGGUUUGGGAAAGACCAUACAAGCCAUUGCUCUCAUGGUGUCCCGCCCGUCUACGGAUCCAGAGCGGAAACCCACACUGAUUGUUGCUCCGGUCUCUUUAAUGCAGCAGUGGAAGCGAGAGAUUCAGAAGGCUGUCAAGCCGGGUAGGCAUCAACUUUCAGUCUAUGUUCUACACGGUGACAAGCGAGCGGUCAGCUACAGAGACCUGAAAGACUACGACGUGGUCCUCACCACGUUCGGAACCUUGUCCUCGGAACUGAAGCGCAGGGAAAAGUAUGACGAACUACAGUCGGCUGGCGCGAAUGAGGAGGCUCUAUCCCGAACUUUGCUGAAGAACCUGCCAUGCCUCGGCCCGAGCAGUCUGUGGCACCGAAUCAUCAUAGACGAAGCUCAGUGCAUCAAGAAUCGAAAUACGAGAUCCGCGCAAGCAUGUUGCCGUCUCAAUUCCACCUAUCGUUGGUGUAUGAGCGGAACUCCAAUGAUGAACACUGUCGAAGAACUACAGUCGUUGUUGAAAUUCCUCCGGAUCAGACCUUAUUCCAGCAUCGAUCGUUUCAACAAGGACUUCACCCGACCACUCAAGGGUCCGCCUGGCGAGCCUCGCGAUAAAGCUAUGCAACAACUGCAGGUUCUGGUGAAGGCUGUUCUGCUUAGACGGACCAAGACAUCGAAGAUUGACGGCCAGCCGAUCCUACGGCUUCCACCCAGGGUUUUAGAGAAGGUUCAUGCUGUGUUCAGCGAGGAUGAACAGGCCAUCUAUGAUGCGCUUGAGAGCAAAACUCAGGUUCAGUUCAACAAGUAUCUCAGGGCUAACGCUAUUGGAAGAAACUACUCCAACAUCCUCGUUCUGCUUCUUCGGCUUCGUCAGGCUUGCUGCCACCCACACUUGAUGACUGAUUUUAGUGUCGAGGUCAAUGCUGCUACUGACGAGUUGGACCUUGUUGCCAAUGCGAAAGCUUUCGGAGACGAGGUUGUGGUCCGUCUCAAGGAGAACGAAAAUCUUGAGUGCCCCAUUUGUAUCGACGCAGUUGACAAUCCCAUUAUAUUUUUUCCAUGCGGUCAUAGCGCUUGUGCCGAGUGUUUCUCAAGGAUGACCGAUCCCUCACUUGCCGUGCAGCGUGGUGAAGAUGGUGCAGCGGAGAUCAAAUGUCCGAACUGUCGCGGUCGUGUCGAUCCGAAGAAGGUCACCGACCAUCUGACGUUCAAGAAGGUCCAUUCUCCGGAUGCGGAUGAUCCCGAUCAAGUGGGGUCCCUUAAGCCUCUUCGUGACGAAGAAGAUGAUGACGAUAGCGAUGACGACGACGACGACGACGACGACGACGACGACGACGACGACGACGACGAUGACAGUUUGUCUCGAUUCAUCGUUGAUGACGAGGAUGACCCAGCAUCAGUCAGAAAGCCCAAGACAAAGAAGGGAAAGAAAGCCAAGAAGACCAAGAAGAGCCUUGCGGAACUCAAGAAGGAGGCAUCGAAGAAUAUCAAGUCGAAACAGAAGUACCUUCGCCGAUUGGAGAAAACCUGGGUCACCAGUGCAAAGAUUGAGAAGACUCUCGAAAUCCUUCAGGAGAUUCAGGAUCGCGAGGAUAGCGAGAAGACCAUCAUCUUUAGCCAGUUCACGUCGCUGCUGGAUCUCCUCGAGGUCCCAAUCGUGCGUCGAGGCUGGGGCUAUCGCCGCUAUGACGGCAGCAUGAGACCUGGUGAUCGAAAUGCCGCCGUCCUGGAAUUCACCGACAACCCAGACUGCAAGAUUAUGCUGGUUUCCCUGAAAGCCGGCAACGCGGGCCUGAACCUCGUCGCUGCAUCUCAGGUCAUCAUCUUCGACCCCUUCUGGAACCCCUACAUUGAGGACCAGGCCAUCGACCGUGCUCAUCGCAUUGGACAGAUGCGCCAGGUUCAUAUCCAUCGAAUCCUUGUACAAAAGACAGUCGAGGACCGUAUCCUCGAACUUCAGGAGAAAAAGCGCGAGGUCAUUGAUGGUGCUCUGGACGAGAAGGCCCAGAAGAAGGUGUCUCGCCUGGGAACUCAGGAACUGGCCUAUUUAUUCGUAUGCGAGUCCAUCCCCCAAUCCUUUGUACAAGAGACUAACUGA